UCAUUUAUUGUUUUCGGUGUAUGAACUGACCUGUCUACUUCUAGCAGUAAUGUAAUUCAUUGGAGCUAAAGCGUUCAUAGCACUGUCCCCCGGUCUGUUUACAUGUUGGACUUUUUCAGACGUCGAUAAUAAGAGCAGAGGAACAGCAGCACAGGUCCUUGUCACACCAAAUGUUUAAUAGCUACACUGUUAGCAUCUUAGCAGCUGCUACGUCCACUUCACAGCAUCAUUGAUUCCCACUAACUGACUGUGUUCAGUCUAUGGUGCUACACAGAGCUGCACCAUGACCUCAGCUUCCACUAAAGUUGGGGAAAUCUUCUCUGCAGCUGGAGCCGCCUUCACCAAACUAGGAGAGCUCACCAUGCAGCUUCAUCCAGUGGCUGACUCCAGUCCUUCAGGUUCCCAUCUUCCCUCCAGCGGUCAGGUGAAGAGCACGGUGAAGAGGAAGCUGUAUGAAGACGGUGCACUUCCAGCUUCCUCAGACGCACCCAAAAAGGUCGUCAAGAAAGCGGUGGCCGCUGUCUCCAUGGCAACACAGGGCACUCCAACCAUCAUCUCGGUUCCCACAGCACAGGUUGUUGUGGCAUCGGGACUCCAGGGUCCAGCCGCCAACCGUCCCCCAAUGAAGAAACAGAAGACUGCAGAUGUGACGCUCAGUGCUUUGAAUGACUCUGAUGUGAACAGUGAUCUAGUGGACAUUGAGGGACUGGGUGAAGGAUCCAACUCCAAAAAACUCAACAACUUUGAUCAAGAUAACCUGAACCUGGACUCCAGUCUCAUCAUGAAUCCCGGUGACCUUCCUCUGCUGUCUCGCUGACAGCUUCAUGUGGAUUUCAUAGAAAAGAUGAACAAAACUAUGAAAAUAAGAGUUUUUUAAUGAACUGGACAUAACAGCAGUGGAUGUUGUGUUGGAUCAUACACUGCUAUCCAACUUUCCUUUUUAGUUUUACUGUCAGAUAUUUUUGUUUGACUGUAUGUCCUCCUGUUAAUUGAUUUUGCUUUGUAGGAACAUCCAGGAAAUUCUAAAUAUAAAAGACAAUCUUCAGCCUGUGAGGAAGCUGUUCUACUAUUCAUACUUCCUGUGGUUCUUUAAAGAGAAGCCAGCAGAACAGAAGCAUUUACAACACCUGCAUCAAUGAGAACAAACAGUCCUGCUUCGCUUUAUUUUUUUGCCUGCUUAUCCAGAUGUGUUUCUAGAAGAUGGCUGUUUAGGAUAAUAAAGCAAAUAUUUAUCUUAACUAGUUUAUAAUAUUUAAUGUUCAGUUCAGUAAAUGAUCAUAUUAGCAGAUGUGAACAUAAUUGUCAGUGUGGGGGAUUAGUUAGAAGUAGAACAAAAACAUGUUGGAUAUGUGUAUUAGUGAUUGGUUCCAAUAUAUUUUCAAUGUGAAUUGUCUAAAUGCCUUCAUCUUUAUUUGCCAGCAGAAUUGUGUUAGAGGUCAUAAGAACACAUUACAGACACACUUCAUAAUAAUAAUGAUGAUAAUGUGGCUGGUAUUUUCAAAUAUCAUUUUCUCAUUGUCUUUGUCUUACAGAUGUGUAGCAUUAACACAAACACAUAUUUUAUCCAGAGAUAUGAAAAUGGCAGAAACAUACGAGUAGAUACUAGGUGUGGAUGUCAGUUAUCUUAACCCUACACGGUUUUUCUCUAGCUUUUAACCACAUCAUGAAGUCUUCAUUAGUGUCUAGAGAUGGAAUCAUCUGCUGAUAAAAACUGAAAUGUUCUAAAUGAAAGCAUGUUAAAAGAAAAUAAUGUGGGAAAUAUUCUCCUCCACUGUCUUUCUGAGAGUUUUAUGAGAAGAUCUAGAUCAAUCUAAUGUCCAAAGUUUUUAAAAAAAAUACCCCCACCAACACCUCACACUGAAAUAUCUUAAAUAUUAACAUUACUACUUUCUCAGCUUCUGUACUUCAGGAAUAAUCAUGAUAUGAUGUCUGACAGAUCACAUUCAUUCAAAUAAUACACAUAAAUAUUACUGGUAAAUGUAUCAUGACAUCAGUUUGUGAAAGAUUUGUAAGAUCAUUCUGUCUCUUGUGUUUCUUAUAGAUGUCAUAUAACAAUAACACAUUUAUAGCAGACUUGCAUAAUUAAGGCAGGUAGAAUGUAAACAGACCUUAGUUAUUGUUUGUUAGUAUUUAACAUCAUACAUAUUUGACAUGACUGCAGAGCAUUUUCCAAAGCAUGCUGUACUGUUUUCUAUUUGUUAAUGUGAUUUUCAACAAUUGAAGCGACCACCGGCUUCCAUUUAUUUCAGUCAGUGUGAAGCUGAAGUUUGGUGGUCUGUCAUCAUCGUGUUAUUGUGAGAAAGUGAUGCAUUCAGAGUUAUAGACCAGACUAACUAUUUAGAACCACACGGUAAAGAGUUGGUAAAUAUGCUAAAAAUCAUGACAAGUGAGCAAAUUCCAUCUGCUGAUGAAGACCUUAUGAUGUGAUUGAAAGCACUGGUAAAGCUAGAUGCAGAUCUUCAUUUUUAAAAAAUCAAAACAGCAUCUAAGCUCCAAUGCUUCAAGAUUUUUAGUAAAAUAUUAAUUUUUUAAUUUAAAUUUGAAUUUAUAGACAUUGGUAUUUAUCUCCCAGCCCAUCAUUGUGAUCAUUAGUGCAGACAUCAUGCUCACUGUGAUAACAGCACCCAGGAAUUCAUUUCAGUGGAAAAUGGAUGUUAGGAAUGUGUAGUAAAGGUUAUUAGUUUUAAAUUGUAUAAAACAUGAACAUGUAGUGUUCCAUGUUGAAGUGGACCAUCC